AUAGCAAAUAUCAUGAAGAAUUUAUGGUUGAUGAGAUCGAUUAAUAUUACCAACAUGGUAGUUUUGGUUUAUGUUGUUUUACUUACUACGUUAGCAAGUGGUCAACAAUUUACAGCAAUGUAUGUCUAUGGAGAUUCACUUGUUGACAAUGGAAACAAUAACUACUUGAAUGCUCAAGCCAAAGCAAAUUUCUUACCUUAUGGGAUUGAUUUCUAUCAGGGACCCACCGGAAGAUUCACCAAUGGAAAAACGAUAAUCGAUUUUCUUUGUGAGCUAAUAGGUAUACCUUAUAUUCCAGCCUUUGCUAAUCCUUUUUCAACUGACCGAGACAUCAUAUUUGGUGUAAACUACGCCUCAGCUGCUGGUGGUGUUCUUGAAGAAAGUGGACAAGGCUUAGGGCAGAGAUUUAGUUUCAGUAAACAAGUGGAAAAUUUUGGGAUGACAAAGAGGCAAUUACAAAACCAUAUGAGUGGCCAAGAGUUACAACAAUAUCUUGAAAAGGCCUUAGCUGUGGUGAUCCUGGGAAGCAACGACUAUGUCAACAAUUAUCUCAAUCCGGGUUACCCGACUCGCUCUAAAUUUAAGCCCGACAAGUACGCUGAUAUUGUCAUUCAUCUUUACUCUAACCAAAUCUCGGUCCUAUACGAUCAAGGAUUACGACGAUUCUUCUUAGCUGGAGUAGGGCCAAUUGGUUGUACCCCUUCUCAUAAAACAGCAGCCCGAUUGCCUCCUGGUAAAUGCAAUGAUUUCGAAAAUGAUGUGAUUCAAAUGUUCAAUACAAGGCUUAAAUCUCUUGUUGAUCAGCUUAAGGUUACCCACCAAAAUGCAACCUUUGUUUUUGGGGAUACUUUUCAAGGUUUAAUGGAGAUACUUACUCAUCCUUCCACAUAUGGUUUGACUGAGUUGGACAGAGCAUGUUGUGGAGUGGGCAGAAAUAAUGCAGAAAAAAUGUGUCUUCCAUUAUCAAUACCAUGUUUGAACAGAGAUCAAUAUGCUUUCUGGGAUGCUUUUCAUCCAACUCAAGCAGUUCAUAGGAACCUGGCUUUAAUGGCUUACAAUGGCCCUAAAAACCUUGCUUAUCCUUUUAAUCUCAAACAGAUGGUCCUAAUUAAGCCCUGAUUUAUUAUCCUAUAUCUCUAAGUUAUCAAUUCAAUUUUUUUAAAAAUUAAGUACAUGUCUUUUUAUAGAUGUAAUUGUAAUAGUAAAAUUUUUAGCUUAUAACCUUAUAUAGGUUGCCAGUUGUUCGAUUAAUCAUGUAAUAAUGA